AUGCAAAAUAUGCGAUGUUGCAAUCGUUUUGGUGCACCCGAUGUCUACCACGUGAAACAAGACAGUUAUCCAAGCAAUUUUCACCCAAUAAUGGACGGAGAUGAACAACCAGUUGUUGUUAUCAAACAACGUCUAACGGAAAUUUUUCCAGAGAUAAAUGUCUCUAACGCAAUUGUAAAUUGGCAUCUUCAGCAGCACAAAAAUAACGAUGAUCUAUCUCAAGUAAUUGAAAAUAUUUGCGCUGAGUUUGUUUCUCAAAUCUUUAAUUUUGGACAAAUUAUCGAUCCAACGAAAGACGAUGUAAAAAAUGAUAAAACAAUCACAUCGACUUCAGCUACAGCAACAGCAAAUGGUUUCGUUAUGAAUUAUCCGAAUACUGUUUCUGUGAAUCAUGUACAAUUUCCUUCUACAUCUACUGCUGCUGCUGCUAGUACUAUAUUAUCAAAUGACAAUAAAGAAGAACUACAAACAUUAUUUGAAGUAUUUAAUACCAUUCCAAGACCGUACAUUACAACCUUAUACAAUACUAUGAGUCAUAUAAAUAAUCCGAAUUGGCAUGAUGAUAUUGUUAAUGAAUUAUUAACCUAUAAUGAACGUCAACAAAAACCAUCAUCAGCAUCAUCAUCAACAACAUCACCACUUUUUCCAAUACCAAAAUCAGUUACGUCAACUACAAGUGGCGGCUCAUUACAAAAACGUUUCCAAAUAUAUUCUACUACUCCACCAACAAUUACUACGGAACAAAAAAAACGUUCACUAUCAUCAGUUGAUGACUCUAUUGACAUAGAAAAUUUAUUUAUAAAUGACGAAUACGAACGUAUAUUAGCAAUAUUACCGGAUUGUGAUCCGGAGUAUGCCAUGGAAGAAUAUUCAAAAUAUCUUCGAUCAAUAGCAGAAACUCAUCAACAACAAGAUCUUAACAAUUUAAUAACAUCAAUGAUUGAACGUGGUUAUACAAAAAUUAAAGAUAAAAUUGAACAAAAUCGAAACGAACGAUUAAAAGAAAAUAUUUCAAAUCCAAUAUUUGAAAUUGAAGAUUUUUUACGAACAUUUCCAAAUCCAUUAGAAUAUUUUUAUGAUUGUACAAAAACAAUGUCUGAAUCUUAUCAACGACAUGCAUACAUCUAUUUAGCAAAUGCAUUUACUCGUGUACCAUCGGAACAAAUAAAAACAAUAUUAAUCGAAAAUAAUUAUCGUUUUUCACCAUCAUUGAAACAAUUGAAGACUGACUAUAAUAACUAUCAUCAAAAAUCAAAAUCGAAAUCAAAUGAUGGUGAGUAUGAAGUUGAAUUAUAUUGUUUUCUCAGAUAA